AUGGAAGACGACGUGGUGUUCCUGUUCCAGCUAGGCGUAGUGCGCGAUGCGGUAACUGCGCCUGCGCACCUGCUCACGCUCGCACACCUGAAAGAGCUCGCCGUCAAAUUCGUGCACGAAAAGAUACCAGACAAUGGGCUGAACCGGCUCUCAGAUCGGAUCCUGCUGUUCCGACACGACUAUUGCUCACCAAACGUGCUGCAGCUCAUUAACUCCGCCUCUGACGUCACAGAUGAAACGCUAGUCGAGAUCGUGCUUACCGCCAGCCCGUUCGUGUGUGAUGACGAACAGCCGGCGCCGGCGCCGCGUCCUCACGCACUCUCGGUGCACUCAUACAAGGCUCCCACAUUCUGCGAUUUUUGCGGAGAAAUGCUCUUCGGGCUAGUGCGGCAGGGACUCAAAUGUGAAGGAUGCGGCCUAAACUACCACAAGCGCUGCGCGGUGAAGGUCCCGUCGAACUGCACGUCGCCGGUGGUUGCGGGUGGCGGGGGGGGGCGGGGGGGCGAGCUCGCGGCGCGUGUCGGCGGGCGGCGCGUCCACGCACAGCCACGCCUCGCACGACGACUCGCUGGUAAGGAGGCUCGCGCACCUCGUCACCGGCAACAGUAA